AUGAACGGCACACAGUCACCGGCGGUCGAGCGAUUCCACACCUCCUACAAGGAUAGCGACCUGCUCUCGUCCGCCACAGACAGCAUCGACCUCAAUCACGAGGAUGAGCAUCAGGUAACGGAUGCGAUCAAGACCCUCCAGCAACUCUUGAAGAGGUCUACGGUGAAUGACAACACGCCGACGACCCCCACGGACGCGGCCGCGGACAGCGCAGCUGCCAUGGAAUACCUCGCCGACUUUUCCUAUGGGCUGACGCCCGGCGAGGCGCGUUACAUUGUGUACCGGUUCCUCAAGGCCACUGGAAUGAACAUACGACGGGCUCUCGAGCAAAUGAUGCGAUCCGCCGAGCGGCGCAGGAAGCACAACCUCAACAAUAUGGCGCUGUUCCCGUGUAUUAUUCCCAUGCGCGGAUUUAAUCAGCGGACGGUGUGCUAUGAGCUACGGCUGCCGUUUAUUAGCAACAUCUCCUCCGGCAAGUCCUGCCUGGACCCCGAGGGUCGACUUCGACUGGAGCAUGAGCAGUUGGACUACGGCAACGCGCAUUACGAGGAUCCCUACACCAGUCUCAUGACAACUGGCGCGGCGGCCGACUCAAGGCCACUGAGCCCUGACGGCAGCGACUGCCUGUCUUCACAACCCGCCAUGAGUGCGCCGCAAGUAGCCUCCUCCUCGCCCACGCUCCCCAUCGGUCCUGCAAACGGGAAGGCGACCCUUGAGGGAGAUGGCACUGCAGAACGCGAGCGAGACGCCGCGUUGCAGAGGAGCUCCCUCUCGCCGAAGGAGCACCGGCGCAAGAGUGAUGAAAACAAAAGGGACGGAUCCAGGUGGCGCUCCUUCAUGUCCCUCAUUCCUUUUCUCCGUCAUCAAGGCACCGGCUCCCCGUCAAACGCGUCAGGCUCUCACCUGCGGAACAUGUCGACCGUUACAUCCGAAACAAGGAGGCACCGUGGCUUACACUCGAUCCUGUCCACGUGCAGCGGCAGCGAUUGCGGGAACAGCGGCGCGCGCGAGCAGAACUAUGAGACACCGGCAAUGAAAGAGGAGGAGAAACCUCUCAACGCGGCGGGUGUGGCAGGGCCGUUGACGGCAACACCCAGCACCUUUUACGCCGACUGCCUUAACGUCCAUAGGCUAUUGGGGCCGAUUGUUGCAGUCAUUACCAAGCACGCGCCAUUCGCAUUCCACUACUGGGACCUUGAGGGGCAUCCUGUCAUGUACUGCCGCCUUGGCAGAAUGCAUUCGAAGAAGCUGAUGCAGGAGCUGUUUGCGCUGACCCCGAUCGAUGCCGAGCCGUGUGCACUGGCGUUGCUCUUUAGCACGUACGCUCUACUAGUGCUGGAGCAGCUCAUACGCUACUGCAACCGCCGAAACCGUGAGGGGGAUGAGGUUCGCGAUGAACGGCUGCCGCAGCCGCAGCGCGGGAGUAGACAGCGCCAGCAGGGUGAGUCAUGCCCAGCCAGCAGCACCGGUGCCAUGCUUCGCAGAAGGCCACUUGUCGGCUCGUGUAUUGUUGUCAUCGACUGUGCUGGGCUAAAGGUUCGACGAUAUCUCUACAGGCCGCUGCUGCUUAUGGUGCGUUCGAUUGUUCGAAUGAACAUGUGCGACUUCCCGGAGCUGCUGCAUCAUGUGUAUGUUACUAACUGCACGAACGUUGUGAGCUUAUCGUACCUGAUGCUGCGCGGCAUACUGUCCAGAGCGGCGCGCGAGAAAGUGACGUUUUGUAGCAAGAGCAACACGGCUGCCACGCUGUGCGAGUGCAUCCGCAGCGAUCUGGUACCGCAGGAGCUGGGUGGCCAGUGCCAGUGUCCCGGAGGCUGCAUUUCGCCCAUGGAUGCAACGCCGGACGACGCCCGCUCCACGACGCUCAGCCACAGCUGCAUUGACGCGCCCUCGAGCGUUACGACGCAAUGCGGCGACACCUGCACCGAGCAGGUGACGCAGCAGUUGGGUGAGGAGGAGCUCUUCUUUCACCCUUUCCACUACACUGCCGAGAGGCUUGUGCUCAAGGCGCGAGAGUCGCGCAAGCUGUCUUUUGCAAUGGACGCUGGAAGCGAAAUUAUUUGGGAAUUCGCGGUGAAGCACGAGCAAGAUGUGUUCUUCUCGGCUGUCUUCGUCUCCGCCGGCAACGACGGCGCGAUGCUGUCGCUGGUGCCGCGUCGACGCGUGCAGAAUGAGGCGGGCCACUACAUUAGUCCUUCAAUCGGGACAGUCAUCUUUGAGUGGUGCAACAAGCACCACUUCUUUACUCGAUGUCGGCUGAGCUUGAAGGUGUACCGCGGAGAGCGUUCGGUCGCCUCCACGUGA